AUGCUAAACAGCGAUUAUACACGGCAAUUUAAUGUAAAUUUUUCAUUCAUUUUUUUGUUUUUCUUUUAUUUGUCUAGUCUUCCAAUUAUGCAAGGUGCAAGUGUUUCUUUUCUCGCGCCCGCUAUAACAUUAUUUUCGUUGCAAAAAUGGCAAUGCCCUUACACAAAAGCUCUGUCUCUGAAUACCACUCUACCUGAUAUUGGCAGCGACUUUCACCGUAAGAUAUGGCAACUUCGUCUCCGAGAGUUCCAAGGUUGUCUGAUGGUCGGCAGCCUGAUCCAGAUCUUCAUCGGCUUCAGUGGGUUAAUGGAAGUGUUUUUAUCUUUUGUUGGUCCGCUUACCAUUAUGCCAACAAUCACUUUGAUUGGACUUUCACUGUUUGAAGUCGCAACCGACUAUUCUGCCGGACAAUGGUACAUUGCUUUGCUGACUACCGCACUGAUCUGUAUAUUUUCACAAUAUAUGAAAAAUAUUGAUGUACCCUGUUUCCUUUACAAGAAAGGCGGUGGAUGCUCAAAGAUACCCAUUGCUUUAUUUAAAAUGUUUCCUGUAUUAUUGGCGGUUUGCAUAUCCUGGAUACUCUGUUACAUUCUCACCAUCACAGACGUUUUCCCCAAAGAGAAAGGCAAAUGGGGCCACGCGGCCCGAACUGAUCUUUACAGUGAUGUACUUUAUAAAUCAGCUUGGUUUCGUUUUCCAUAUCCAGGUCAAUGGGGAGUUCCAAGAGUCAGCGCAACAGGCGUACUGGGUAUUUUUGCAGGUGUAUUCGCUUCCAUUAUUGAAUCAGUCGGCGAUUACUACGCAUGCGCAAGAAUGUCUGGGGCACCACCCCCACCUAUUCAUGCCAUCAACAGAGGUACGAUUAAUACUAUUUGUACAGGAGCAUAA